AAAAUUUUUGAAAAUUUUUCCUUCUGAAAAUUUCAAAAAUUCAUCAAUCAAAUAAUAGUAAAAACAAAAAACUAAGCAUAUAAACCCAAAAUUUUGUGCGAAAUUUACAACAUCAUUUGGAAAUCAGUAUUCGUGUUAUGAGUAUGAACUAAAUAAUUGUAGACGAGCUCAAAACGUGUUUUUAACUAAAAAUUUCUGUACUUAUAUUGGAAAAAAAGUUCUGUUCCUGUAAAAAAAAAAUGAAGAUACCAUUCCUCAGCAGUUCUGCGCCGAAAGAUAUCGGUACGUGUGGUUGUUGUUCACUUGCAGAGCCCGAACCCAUAUCGUAUGCAACGGAGUUUCGUGAUUUCUUAAGUAAAAACGCUCCACUGGAUUUCGAGACGAAAAUGGCGCGUGCACGUCCCUUCAUAUUUGCCAGUUUCAUAGCAUGGCCAGCGUAUUGGAUUUACAGGGGCAUGGAUUGGAGUAAUCGGGCGCACGUCGAGCGAUCUCUGGUGACUUAUAUAAAUCGGACAUUCCAUCAUGCCAAACUCAUGCAAUUUGCCAUACUUGGUAUGGGUCUCAUGUUCGCGGUGUACGAGGAGAGUCCGUUAUUGAUUAAGGUUAACCAUAUGCUACAAGGUAUCGAUGAUGAAGAUUACCGCCCUAACGGCACUGUCAUGGACUGAGUGAGUGAACGGCGAACUACCUUGGAUUAACUCACACUCAGAGAUUUUGACUUUUGACCGGAAUCUGUGAAAUGAAGGUUGUUGAUGGAAAAAAUUUCCGUUUAUUAUUUUUGGAAAUAUUUCCUACAUAUAUAUUUUUUUUUUACUCCCAAAUUCAUUGAAAACCACUGUACUCUUUCACAUUUAAGAUGCUCAUGGCAAGCAUCAGCUGACUUUUUUGAAAUUUGUUGAAUAUAAAAUUUUAAAGUACAUCAUAUUUUGAUAAAUAAAAUAGAAUAUAUAAAUUUUUGUUUCUGAAAGCCUUUUUGUGAAUUUGUGAAAUUUCUUUUAUAAUUUGGAAAAGAGGUCUACAAAAUUAUGGUGGUAACUAUUCGGAGUGCAAAAAUUUUUGCUUGAGAGUUUACUCAGUAGCUGUCCAAAGAUUAUACAAAAAGAUUAAAUUACACUGAAAAAGAGUCUAAAAAUAAGUAAUCUUAAUUGAAAAAUUCUUCAGCGAAAAUGUCAUUCAUAAAAAAUUUCAUCCUGAGCAAGACGACUCAACAGUCCCACGAGAGCGUGACGCGUGAAGUCAAUCUCGGCGAGGAGGUGCGACGUUUGAUGCAUCGAGAGGAUAUUGCAGAAGCUAUUGAAGCUGCAUCGCCGUUUUUACUAGCAGCCACCGUAGCCUGGCCCACAGUGUGGCUGGCACGUGGUCUUGACUGGCACACGAAGCGUGGCAAAGAAACUUUGCCGCUUUACAUAAGAAAGCGCAGACUUUCUUUGUGGCUAAAGGAACACAACUAACAGUGCUUUUACUGGGCUUGCUGUAUGCAGUUAGUACCACACCGAAACGCUAAAGAGGUUAAUCGUUGAAGUAAAAUAAAAAAUAGUCGGAAGUGAUUGAAAAAAAGAGAAAAAAUUCACGUACUACUAGUGAUGUUUAGCAUCUUUCUUAAAGGAGCUGAAUAAAAAUUGCACUGUUGCUUUCAAACAUUGAGAAAAA